CUUGGGUAUCUUGCGUGUGAUCCAUCGUCGGUUUCGCCUCCUCGAAGACUUGGACGGGACGAUUUAUUCUGUACACAUUACUCUGCCUCCCCAAAAUUGGACAAGAAAAAAAUGACGGCCAAGGCCGAGUUCAAGAAUAUGGAGGCGACAAUAGCGGCGCUGGUAAAAGAUUGUCUGCACGGAGUGCACGACAUCGACACAACGGUCUACAGCCUCACUCGCAUCAUUGUCAACCAAGCAACAAAGACCAACAAUGAACGUCGAAGGGUGCUUGUGGAUCGAGGCGCUGCAUACUUGAAGGAAAAUCAAGAUGACUUCGACAGAGAUACCAGAAUAUUUUCUCUGCACACUUUACAGGACGUCGUCUUACAUGAAAUGUGGCGAGCAACAGCGAAGAUCCCCGUGGACACCCCAGAGGACUAUCCAGCGUUACUUUUCUUGCAGAAGAUUUGGACUACGCCUAAAGUGUAUAUCACAUGGCUCUACGUCAACGACAAAGGCAUGCCAUGUGAUAAACGCCAUCAAAUCUGGGAUGUAGAGGAUCGGGUUUCCGGCGAAUCGAUUCUCGAGUCUACGAUGUACCACGUAGUUAAAUCAUAUUACUCUGAAUGGGAUAUUGAACAGGGAAAAUCAGCAGAACAGUUUCAGGAGUGGCUCAACCUGUCGAAAUUCUUGGCUUGUCUAUUCAGCCAAGGCAUCGUGAACCUACCGGGAGCAGGGUUGUGUGAGGCCAAGUUCUUGGGCAACGAGCCUCCGUAUAAUUACAAGCAUGAACACAGCGAACCUUGGGUCAUUACUGCCGCCCAGUGGCCAAUCUAUGCAGCUGAUGCCAUGUGGGAGGGCGCUAACAAGCGCUGCUUUGGCAAUUUGAAGUGGUGGGCGUCGUGGAAACGACGAUUUCUGAUGGUGGCGUCUGGACAUGGAGAAUUCAAGCGGGAUACGCGUCAGAUUGCGCUGGAGGCAUAUGAUGCCAUGGUUGCAGCAGAAGCAAAAGAUUAUAGAACACUGAAUGUUGGCGAGAAGCUAAACUGGGAGAGGUAUAGAAUUGAGCUAGACGAAAAUGAAGACGAAGAAGAAGGAAAUGAAGACGACGAAAAUAAAGAGGAGAAAUAACUUAAGUCAUUAGCGUAUGUCAUACCCAAUUAGACACUCUAUAAAUCAAAAUAAAAAGAUAUUCUCAAGAUGUUACAUCUGGCUCUUAAAAGCAUAAUAUUUACAAGUUGAAUUCUCAUUAAUAACCAAGCUGCGUAAUCAUCUCUGGUGAAUUGAUGAAUGCACAGCGCUCUCGCAACCUCUGCUCCUUGAUCUGCGGCAGUGCCUUGGGCCCAUCAAUUGGCGUAAAUCCUUGGUGAGGACCUCCAGCAACAAACAACGAGAUAUCCCUACAGUUAAACGCCGUUUGAAAGCCCUGGAAGGUAUCAAGCCCCUUCAGUCCCGGCUGUCCUGUAUUGGCAAAUGUCGACCAGGUACGCGAAGCUUGGAUCCUCAGCCUGUCAUCGGAAGCCGUAGCAGGCAGCGACGUUCCCUUGUAAUCAUAGUUGGAAAAGUUGCCAAAGAUGUACGCAAACUCAGACUCGUGAAUCACGCCUCUACCAGUAAUGUUCCACCCCUCCUUCAACAAGCCCGACAAGAGCGUCUGGUUCCAGUGGUACAAGUGGACGCUGGAUCCGACGUUGGCCAGCUCCUUGCCAAACAGCAAUGGUUGGCAGACAAAAAAGACGUCGCGAAUUAUACGUCCAGUACGGAAUGCCUGGGCAGUCAAGUUGUUUGCAGGGUCAUCGUGGAAAUCAGACACCGGGUACAGAGCAAGCAGCUUGUCCAGAUUGGCGGAUGUGAGGUCAGCAUAGACGGCCGCAAUGGUACCGCGGGUAUCUGCAUCCGUCUUCAUAUCUGAGUCGAUGACGAAUCCGAAUUCAUUGUCGGUCCAGCCCAUCAUGACAUCGACGCCUUUGCGGAAACGGUGCUGUGCAACAAGCUUUGACGGCGCGUCAGGCAAAAUGUCUCCAUCUACUGUCGGUAGCCACAGAUCACCAAAAUUGUGGGCAAGAUCUUCGGGAUUGGUCUUGACAAAUGCAUCAGUAAGAGUCUGCAUAUCAACGCUACGAAGACAAUCGAUUGUUUGCUGCGACUGAGAAUCAGACUUAUUGCAUCCAACUUCGUUGAGGACAUUCAUCAUGGCUGUCUCCGUAAGGUUACGCGUGAUUCCACCCUCCAGGACUUGACUUUCGCAGAUGGCCUUGUGGAAGAGCGGCUUGUUGGCGCCGCCAAAUGCAAGAAGGUGCAUACCGCAAGACACACCACCAGAUGAUUGACCAAAGAUGGUUACAUUCUCGGGAUCGCCACCAAAGUAGGCAAUGUUCUUCUGCACCCACUCCAUGGCGAGCAUUUGGUCGCGAAGAGCAGCAUUUUCCGACUUUUGACCGCGCAGGGCUUCCGACUUGGCAAACCCAAAG